CCCAACCCAACCCCGAGCCGCCACCACCCUCCGUCCCCCGUCUCCGCCGAGUCGCCGCCGGCUCGGCUCCCUCCCACCCGCCGGCGCCCCUCCUCCCUCCUCCCUGCGAGGCGCGGACGGAAGCUCGGCUACAUUGAUUAGGUAGGCGAGGCCGAGCGCCAUGGGGCCAGCGCCGAGGGCCGGGGGCGAGCCAAUGAAGCAGCGGGUGAACCGCUGCCUGCACCGCCUCUCCGACCGGGACACGGAGGCCAUGGCCGCCAACGAGCUGGACGCGAUCGCCCGCGGCCUCGACGCCGACGAGCUCCCACUCUUCCUCGCCGCCGUCUCCGACACGCGGGCCACGGACAAGGCGCCGCUGCGGCGCCACUCACUGCGCCUGCUCGCGCUGCUCGUCGCCGCCCACCCGCGCGACGCCGUGGCGCCGCUCGUGCCCAGGCUCGUCGCCGCCGCGCUGCGCCGGGUGCGCGACCCGGACUCCUCCGUGCGCGCCGCGCUCGUCGACGCCGCGCGCGCCAUCGCCGGGGCCGCCGCGCCCCCCUCAGCCCCCGCGGCCCUCGGCCCGCUCGCCGACGCCGUGCUCCACGAGCAGGACCAGUGCGCGCAGCUCGCCGCCGCGCUCGCGGCGGCGGCCGCCGUCGAGGCCUCCGCCCCGACCUCCGACCUCGCCGACUACCUCCUCGCGCUCCUCCCGCGCCUCCUCAAGCUACUCCGCAGCGCCGCCUUCAAGGCCAAGCCUGCGCUCAUCUCCCUCAUCGGCGCCGCCUCGGCGGCCACCGACGGCGAGGGCGCCGCCACCGCGGUGCCCUGCCUCCGCGACGCGCUCGCCGGGGACGACUGGGCCGCCAGGAAGGCCGCCGCCGAGGCGCUCGCGCUGCUCGCCCUGGAGCACGGCGACGACCUCUCCGCCCACAAACCCUCCUGCAUUGCCGUCUUCGAGGCCAAGAGAUUCGAUAAGGUGAAGAUUGUGCGGGAGUCCAUGAACCGGAUGAUCGAGGCGUGGAGGGAGAUCCCGGACUUGGAGGAGGACGUGUGCUCCUCCGGCGCCUCGCCGGCCCAGACCAGAUCUUCCUCUCUCACAGAUAGUGCAAGCGAUGGUCGAUACCCGGCUGAUUCCCUUGGCUCCAAUUCCGUCCAGUCAGUUACGAAGAGGAACAUGCUGCCGGCAAGCAGGUCACCGCCGUCAGUCAGUAACCGAAGGACCAGCCCUUCCAUCAGAAGCAAGAAGAGUUCGCCGCCUUCACGCGGCGGCGAUGUUACCGUCGCGGCAGACGCCACCCCGACCAAAACGGUGACCGGGGAGAAGCUUCUGAAAGAGGGCAAUGUUAGAGCAAGGCUUGAAGCGCGGAAGAUGCUGUUCCAGAAGAGUGGUGAGAAAGGGUACAAUAAGGUGGCCGGGCGCAAGUCAGGGUCUAGAGUUGUUCCAUACAACGGGGACGGUGACUCGGAAGAGAGCACCGAGGUUGAGGAUGAUGGGCCUGAGGAGUUUCAGUCAGACAACUCUGAUGAGCUUCAGUUAGUUCACAAAGAUGAAGACCUGUCCAAGAUCAGGAUGCAGCUAGUUCAGAUAGAGAAUCAGCAGACAAACCUGCUCGACCUUCUCCAGAAAUUUAUGGGGAGCUCCCAGAAUGGGAUACGUUCGUUGGAGACAAGGGUGAACGGUCUGGAAAUGGCACUGGACGAGAUCUCGCGUGAUCUGGCCGCCUCCUCAGGACGGAUGCCGAGCAGCGAACCUGACAUGAACUGCUGCAUCCCGAGCCCAAAAUUCUGGAGAAAAAAUGAUGGUGGUAGAUACAUUUCAAGGUACCCCGUGUCCGACCUAGCAAACCACUCUGAGGAGGUCAGAGCUUCUCAUAAGUGGGAGAGGCAGAAGUUUGGAGUUCAGGGUGGGUUCGUCACCAACCCAUUAGCAGAGUCUCCGAACACUUCAUACGUAAGGAGCACGUUGGUUGCUCAGGAAGGCAGGAGGCAGAAUUCAGCCCAAUACAAGUCGAGGACGCGUUAGGGGCGACAAGGAUGCUCCAUCUGAAUCCUGAACCACCUGCAUCUACUGAGGCGGGAGGGAGCAUCUGAAACAUGUCACUUCACCGCAUUCUAGGAGGCCUUUUUCUUCUUUUCUCCAGAAUUCGAAGCUGAGUUUGUAAAUGAAUUUAUGGAGUUUUCUUUUGCGAGUUGGUUCGACGAUUCAGAUUUCUGUGGAACGGAGCCUGUGAGACUCUAAAGCAAGAAGGACCCUCACUGCGUGGUGGGCGCUGUUUGUAACAUACCUCCGGCCCUGACUGCAGUUCUUGCUUUAGCAUGCGAAAAUUAAGGUCCUGGUGUAUGCAUGUA